UUUUAGCACUUAAGUUGGGACUGACUUCAAGAUUGACCAGUGUUUGCCAGAUAUUUUUUAGGGACUGACUUCAUAAUGAUCUUCCAGCCUCUCGCAAAAUACACAAAAUACACGUACAAGUGCAUCUUCUGCAGAGACCUCCGAAAGUUCAUUUGUUAAAAGGUCAGCAGCAAACAUGCUUAGUGGAAAGAGACCUGUUCGGGCAGCUCCCAUCAUCAAGAAAGGAGGGGCUGUAAAGUCUGGGACAAACAAAAAAGCAGAUGGAGUUGCACAAGUGAAGUCUUCAAAAUCAAUUGAAUCUCCUGAAGAUGUCGAGCCUACUGAAAUGAGCCUUGAAGAGAUUGAAAGCCGAAUAGGUUCUCUUAUACAGUCAGAUACCAUCACUCAAUUAAAAAGUGCUGUGUGGAAGGAGCGUCUAGAAGCCAUUUCUUCGCUGAAACAGCAAGUAGAAGGCUUACAGGACAUUGACCAAUCGGUAGAAAUUUUGAUUCGUUUACUCUGCACUUUACCUGGAUGGGGCGAGAAAAAUGUUCAGGUUCAGCAACAGGUUAUCGAAGUUAUCACUCAUAUAGCUUCAACUGCAACUAAAUUCCCAAAGAAGUGUGUAGUACUUUUCCUUAUGGGACUAAGUGAACGUGUAGCAGAUAUUAAGACACGUGCACAUGCUAUGAAGUGCCUUACUACUUUCUCUGAAGCAGUUGGUCCAGGAUUCGUUUUUGAAAGAGUAAGCAUGGUUGCACUUUGUGGGCUUAUCUUCAGAUCAUUGGGCAUAAGUGUGUUUCUAGCUUGUUGUUAGGUUUCUAAAACCUAAGGAAGAACAGGACAGAGAUAAAAGAAGAGAAAUGAAAU